AUGUCAGGAAAUUUCACAAACUUUUGCUGUACCGGGCUGGCCACCGGCGAUAAUUUCUCCCUGGUGACUUCAACUUGGCCGUCAAGUGCUGUUAUUUUAACUACCAUUAUCAUGAUUGCAAUCAACCUGGCCACGAUUGUUGGAAACGCUUUUGUCAUCGUUGCACUGGUUAGGAUGAUUGUCCUAAAGGCUAUGCCAGCAAACAAACACGCUAUCGUAUCGCUGGCGGUUGCCGAUCUUUUAGUGGGCCUACUUGUCAUGCCAGGCGCGAUAGACAGUGUUGUGGCGGGGAAGUGGCGCUAUGGACGAGUGUUGGGAAAACUAAACGCUUUUGGAAACUUCUCGUUCUGUAUUUCAUCUAUAAUGCAUCUAGCGCUGCUUUCUGUUGACCGUUACGUCGCGAUUUCUCGUCCCCUCGUUUAUUCAUCAGUGGUGACCAAGAACAAAGCUCGCGGUGCUUGUUUAUUGUUAUGGAUAUAUUCGACAUUAUGGGCAUUGCCGCCUUUGUUCGGCGUGGUUACCUACGAGUGCUUUAUUCCUUACAUCGGGAAAUGUAUCGAGACGGAAUGGCUGCGUGGAAAAGGAGCUGUUUUUUUCACUGCCUCGGUGGUUUGCUGUACGUAUGGGGCAGCGGUUUUAAUCAUGUGUUGUGUUUACCUCAAGUUAUUCAAAAUAGUUUCGAAUCAGUCCAAAAGAAUUUCUGCAGAAGUAAAAAAUGUUCGAUCAAUUAAUGGCUUGGAAACGAGAGCGAACGUUACUUCAGCUAGAAAAGGAGCUUUAACAGUCCUUAUUGUCAUUGGAACUUACGUGGCGUGUUGGUCGCCAUUUUGUUUAUUACUUAUUGUGCAGACUGCUCAUGGCAAGACCACAGGAGGACCAACUGCAGAUCUAACAACGAUGUUUGUUGGCUUUGCAAACAGUGCAUGUAACCCACUCAUAUAUUCUAUUAGAUACAAAGGUUUUCGCUUAGCUGUCAAGCGCAUGUUCACGAGGAGCAAUUAA